UGACGGUUGGAAGUCAUGCGUAAACACGCAGUUUCGGCACAUUCUUUUACGUUUGAUUCCUCACGCGCGAAAUCGCCUUAUUCGUUAUCAUUUUAUUCAGUUUUUAAAGAGAAAUUAAAAGUGUGAAAUUAAUUUGGCGAACAUACAUUUUGUGUGAAACGGUUUGGAAAUGGAAGUACGCUAAGUGAUGAGUUCGGUAUUGUAGCAAUCUAUGCAUGCCGGUAUGACUUUUGUGAUGUUGCGAGGAUAAAGUGCUAUCGAUUUUUCAUGUAGCUCCAAAGAGAGGUCAAUUUAACGGUGUACGAAAAGACUUGAAGAUGAUUUUAAUUGCCGGCGUUGAUAACUAUCUCAACCGCACGGUAGAAACAACUACCGUCGUCGGCGCCGUUUUAGGAUUAUUUGCUCUUAUGCUGGUUGUUUUCCUCUACGUUCAUCGGAAAAACUGUUUGAAAGUAGGAAAUUUCAACUAUUUUAAUCAAAAUGUACUUGCUUUCAAAAAUUUUCAAAAACGAGUUUGGAGGAGCUCAUUUCAAAACUCCAAUUUUGAUUGUGAAGAUGAUGUUUUCCACCAGAUGCAAUUCCAACCGGUGACUUUGCAUAAUGACGACGUGUCGACACUUUACGGCAACAAGGAUCCCUUUCAAAGUGGAGAAUGUCUUUCGGGGCCAGUGGAGAAUAACAUAAUAAAGGACCCUUUAGGUUUGGCAGAAAGAGGGAAAAUGGGAGUUGUUUCCUACUACAACGAGUGUAUUUCGAACGAUUCAAUCCAAUCAGAACCACUUAUAAGUAAUCCGUUAAAAACUAGUAGUAUGGAUGUUAAAAGCUAUAAAAAGCUACAUUUACCAUCGAAAAGCGCAGAUGAAGUUUACUGUUCUCCCAUGAAGGAAACACGAAUUGACAAUCAAACAAACUCUUUGGUUGGAUCCUCAAUGGCCAAACAACAUUCAAUGUUCGGAUUUCAGGAUGUCGGCUUGGAUGAGCGAUCCAUCAUGAACAGCAGUCAAGAUUGUAUUUUGAUCCUACCCCAAGAACCACUCUUCGAAUGUUCAGAUUUGAAAUCGCCGAAAUCCGAUACUACACGAUCGGAGCUCCAGAGUACAACGCCACCAUUGCAGACCACUUAUGUGGAGAUAUCAUUGCUCUAUGACGCCCCAUUGAGAAAAAUGACUGUUCACGUUCUCCAGGCGAAAGGUGUCCCCUCGAGAAACUCAGGCCAGCAAACGCACACCCAGAUUCGUUUGCUGAUGCUUCCAGCUAAGAAGCAAAAACACAAAACUAAAAUUAGAUCGGGGGAGAAUCCACAGUUUAUGGAGAGUUUCCUUUUACAUCGAGUGAAUCCGGAGGAGGUGAAUUCUAUGGGAUUGCGGGUGCGGGUUUAUGGUUGUGAAAGAAUGAGGAAGGAGCGACUCAUAGGGGAGGCAGUGGUGAGCUUUGCUAAUAUCAAUCUUGAACUCGAAACAAACCUUUGGUUACCAUUGGAGUCACGAAACGAUCCACAUAUGAUCGAUUCGACUAGCGAUAUUUUGAGCCUUGCACGGUCCGACAGUAUAGGAUCUACAAAAUCCGAACAACAUGGCGGAGUACCGGAACUUUUAUUGGGACUGGCUUAUAAUGGCACCACUGGGCGCCUUAUUAUUGAAAUUGUGAAAGGGAGUCAUCUUCGUGGUUUAACUUUGCAUAAGUCACCUGAUACCUACGUUAAAUUAUGUCUUGUGAACAGCAUUGGACAAGAGAUGGCGCGGGCGAAAACCUCAACGAGACGAGGACAAUCGAAUCCAUUGUUUAAGGAGGCAUUUGCUUUUCAGGUCACCUUAUUUCAACUGAACGAUGUAACAUUGAUGGUAUCGGUAUACGCAAAGCGUAACAUGAAGCGCAAUGAAAUGGUUGGUUGGUUUAGCCUUGGACUGAAUUCAUCAGGACCCGAAGAAAUGGCACAUUGGGUUGAUAUGCGGGAACAUUGUAAAGGCGAGCUUUUAUGUAGGUGGCACGUUUUAGUGGAUUCCUGAUUCAUAUAGCCUAGUCAACCUUGACGGCGGAAAAUUAUUUGAACAAUUGGUGAAGUGGUUCAGAAAGCGAAUACUGAAGGAGACGUAGGAACAAAUUCGCUUUCAUUGUUGGAUCUUUGGAACGGGGAGAGUUUUGACUGAUACUCUCCGACAAUUUUAGUGAGUGUAUAAACGUGUUAGCGAUGAAACUUUUACCUUUGAUCUUGACACCAGAUAUCUAUUUGAUUUGGAAUAAUAUAGAUAUUGACAAUUUCUUGGAAAUGCUGCUGCUUUCUCGCAAUGCAUUCAUUGCAAGUACUCAGCUAAUGUAUGUAUGUACACUAAAUCGUUUUAGAUAUUGUCACUAUUUGGAUGGCUAACUUCGUUACUAUUUUCCUUAUGCCCUUUGGUAAAACUUUAUUGAUAACGGAGCAAAGCACAAAAUGAACUUUUAAGUGUACUAAAUGAGAGAAAUUUGGGCUCACAAAGUAAAAACAAUUCAGCACAAACUACUGUUAAAAGCGAAAAUUUUUUAUAUAUAUUGCUGUUCUUUCUUAAACAUUAAAUAUAACAGUGAAAAAUAUUAACUACAUA